AUGUUGUUCUACACGCAACUGUUCACGUCCAAGCGGGGGCCUCUGGCCAAGAUUUGGUUAGCAGCGCACUGGGAAAGGAAACUGACCAAGGCCCAUGUGUUUGAAUGCAAUUUGGAAACGACCAUCAGUGACAUCAUUUCUCCGAAGAUGAAAAUCGGUUUGCGGACAUCUGGUCACCUGCUCCUCGGUGUGGUCAGGAUCUACUCCAGAAAAGCCAAGUAUCUCCUUGCAGACUGCAACGAUGCUCUGCUUAAAAUUAAAAUGGCAUUCAGGCCAGGUCAGACAGAUAUGCCUGUGGAGGGGCUCGAGGCAACACUAAAAGCAAUUACCCUGAUCGAAGACUUCACUUCUUUUGAUGCCCAGCUGCCACCCCUAAGUAACAUAGAGGUUGUGGACCACUUUUCACUGAACCAGAGCCGAUCAGAGGAAAUCACUCUGAAAGAGGACUUUGGAAAUGACUUUCUGAACUUGGCAGACAUCGGUGAGUCCCAGGGCCAUCAGCAUGCGCUGCUGGAUAUGAGCUUCCAUAGUCUGGCUCAAAAGGGGGAUGCUUUUGGAGAUGAGGAUAAAGGAUUCGACUUACUUGACUUUCUGACAUACUCCAGUGAUCAUACCGAGUCCACUGACUUCAUCCCAGAGGAGCCUCAAAAUAAAAAUCUGGAGAACACUACACUUAAUUAUCAACAAGAUGCUGAUAGAAGAGAUCCAGAGGAGGUAGAGACCCCUACACUGAAUGAGACCACCUUGCUUGCCAAUGAGGAGGAGGCCUUUGCCCUUGAACCUGUGACCAUCACUUCAAACUCAGAGAAGAAGAGGGGAAAGAGGAAACGUAAGUUGAUUGUGGACCAGACAAAAGAGCUGACCAACGAAUAUAUCAGAGAGCAGAUUUCUGACUAUUCAGAUCUGGUCACCUCCCUGGACAUGGCCCCACCGACCGUGCAGCUCAUGCAGUGGAAGGAGAGCGGAGGUGUCGACAAACUUUUUGCACAGCCAUGUUCCAGUGUAGUAGCCCCACAGAUAAAAGAGCUCUUUUCCAAGAGUAUUUUCCAGGUGAAAUAUUUUAGAGUUUGUGAGGAGGUUGAGGAGAUGCGCCAGGAUGCUCAAAAAGUUCAGGAGGACAUAAGUGUCCUGACCACAGACAACAUGAGCGUCGCAGAUUCAUCAGUCGAUACUGAAGCACACAAGACUGAGAUGACAGCUCUUGAUCGAAUGAACAACAACCAGCGUUACAGUUACUCAGAGCUCACACAAGAUGAAAACAGAUCGGAGUUCACUUACCCAGAACUUCCAUCAGAGGACUCCAUGUUUGUCCAUCCAUCUCACAUGGAGCAGGAGACUCAGUCAACGUCCCUCCACACUCAGUCUAUGCUGGACAGCCAGGACUUUGAGGAGAGGAGGAUAACCAGGCGAGCACAGAAGCUUCUGAACACUCUACAAAGCCAGAGCGACAGUGGCACCACAUUCAGCCUGCAGGCACUCUGUGAAGGCGACACUCGCUCACAGGCUGCAACCACUUUCUUAUGUCUGCUUGUCCUGAAAAAACAACAUGCCAUCCACCUGCACCAGAGAGCUCCCUAUGAGGACAUCAUUGUCACGCCUGGACCCAAGUUCUUCAAUUAG